AGAACAGAUGGCUUUCAAGAUGCUGUUCUGGUGAAAGAUGUAGGCGUAUCCUGCAACCUUUUAAACAAAAAUACGGUCAAAUCUGAUAUAUCAAUUUCAGGAGUUGAAAACUAUCUCAUUAAACAGCUUAAACUCGAGUACAAUGAAUUAUCGAAUAUUACAAGAAAACUAAAUAUGUAUAUCAAGGAUAUUUUGAAUAACUUAUUAUUGAGAUGCAGAAGAAAAGAGCAAUUUCAUGAAAAAUUGCAUGUAGCUUCGAAGCAUGUAAUGACAACACAAUGUACAGAUGAAAUAGGAAAUCCCUGCUUAAAAAUAAGAUCUCGCUAUGAUACAAAGAGAAAAUGUGGAUCAUCCAAUAUUGAUUUAAAUAAAAGUUUUGUUAGAAAGGAAAUUACUCGAAAGAAAAUGCAUGGAAAUAAUAAUACAGAAAAGCGAUGUGUGGAGUUUAAUAAAGCUUUCGCGAAAGGAUUUCUCGAACUCUCGUCGAAAUGCAGUGGCGUGUUGCUAAGUAAUUAUCUGAUAAUGAAAAGAGAGAAAGUAUCUAGUAAUGCGUCGAAGGCUCGUUUACGUAAAACCGAAAAUUUCUCGCUCUCUGGUAAAUUGUGCGAGGAUCGUGCAACAGAUAGAUCUCGUAAAUGCUUUUACGCAAGCAAAUGCAAUUCUCUUCACCAAUUGGCAGGAAAUAUCCAAACAAAAAAAUUGCAGAUCCAAAAGUGCGUUUACCGUUAACACUUCCGAGUCGCGACGAACAGUCAAUCGUAUUUGACACGCAAUCGGAGAAAGCUGGAUUCGAAGA